AUGCCGAUUUCAAGCAUAGAACCGUAUAACGUUCAAACCGACAAGAACUCGGCUCUACUUUCACUUCUAGGUACCACAGAAACCACAUACAUACGCUCAAGACACAGAAUACCGAUUCCAGCAAAUGUGGAUUUUUCCAGCAUAAUCAAAGCCAACAAUUCAAAGAUUCUAAACAACACCAACGAUAUACCCAAGGACCCACAGGGCACUCAAACUUCCGAGGAAGUGUCACAAGUGGAACAUGUUUCACAGAACCUCACAUUGAGUCUUUUUGUUAAUGUUAACGACUUCUUACCGUCCAACUUUCAAGAACAAGUUUGCACUGUUACCAUCAAAAACUUUCCUGUGGUGCUGGAAUUGGCUACAGAGAGCGUACUAAUGCAUUUCUUUGACAAAACCAAAUUUUCGUGGUCAAUAAUAGAAAAUUCGAAUAUUGAAAACCGACUCAUUUUCAUUCGAUUUUCCAGUAUCGAUCAUUUACGAUGGUUUUUAGCCAAAAACGUCCAGCACGGGUUCCACGAAGCCUUCGGUGCCCAGGUCUAUACUGAGCCGCUUGCUGGCGAGUUUUUGAAGGAUUUACCCGAGGAACCUUUUUCCGCUUCUUUGGCUCCGAUAAGAGCACUUUUAGCAGCAUCCAAAGCCGACAAAGGAGACGAUGCUGGCUUGGACUACUAUAACAAGUACAAGGUGGAUGAGCAGGAGCUCAUUGAGGUGCCGAAAGACUUGAAAGAAGAUAUUAAGCGAGAUAUAAUUCGAUUUAGAACCAAAGUGCUCAAAGACGAAAAAGAAAACCGGCGAAAAGAAGCCGAGGCUGAACGGAUAAGGACCAAAAACAAGCUCAAGUCGCUCUUCCUGGAUGCUGUCAAGCAAGAUGACGAGCCGGUAGACACACCAAUGACCGAAAGUGCUGAGCAUGAAGAAAUGGACGACGCUCAAUACGACGCAUUUCUCAAGGAAGAAAGCGCCAAAAAGUACCACGAUUUAUACCAGACAAAAGUGUCCGCUUUGGAUGAGCUUGAGAAGUCACAGAGAGCAGUUCUUGCUGCUAAUCUUGAAAGAGAAAGAAGCUACGAGAAACAGGUGUUGGAUAGUAAACUUCAAAUUUUGCAGCAAUGGAAAAAUUUUGACGAUGAAAAAAUCGACCCUGAUUUGCCGGCUCGUUUCCGCCUUUACUACACAAACCACCCAGAGUAUCUAAGAUUAAGAGCCAAAGAAAGAGAGCAAGAAGAAGCUUUGGAUGCUGCCGAUGAAGAAGCUGAGAAAAAAGAGCUCGCUGCUCACGAAAAUGCCAGUCAAUUUCUCUCAUCUUUCGUCAAAGAAAAUGUCACCGAAAACACUCCAACUAAAAAUUCUGUCUCUAAUGUGGUUUUUGCAAACCUCGACACAGAGUCGUUGCGCAGCAAAAUCAGUGAUUUGGUUGAAGAAUUUUUGGGUGUUAAAGAAGACUUCGUUAUCGACUUCAUCUACAAGCAUUUGAUUGCGCACAACUUUGAAAAGAACCAAGAGUUGAUCGACGAGUUGACUGAGAUUCUUGACGAAGACGCAGUCACGGUCAUAGAGCGCUUGAAAGAGUACGUGAGUCUGUUAUAA